GCCUCGCGCCUGCCUCGGCCUCCUGGCUCGCGGCUCCGGCUCCACCAUGGCUCCCAAAGGCGGCUCCAAGCAGCAGUCCGAGGAAGACCUGCUCCUUCAGGAUUUCAGUCGCAACCUCUCGGCCAAGUCCUCCGCACUGUUCUUUGGGAACGCCUUCAUCGUGUCCGCCAUCCCCAUCUGGUUAUACUGGCGAAUAUGGCAUAUGGAUCUUAUUCAGUCUGCUGUUCUGUAUAGCGUGAUGACCCUAGUAAGCACUUAUUUGGUAGCCUUUGCCUACAAAAAUGUGAAAUUUGUUCUCAAGCACAAAGUAGCACAGAAGAGGGAAGAUGCCGUUUCCAAGGAAGUGACUCGAAAACUUUCUGAAGCUGAUAAUAGAAAGAUGUCUCGGAAGGAAAAAGAUGAAAGAAUCUUGUGGAAGAAGAAUGAAGUUGCUGAUUAUGAAGCUACAACAUUUUCCAUCUUCUAUAACAACACCCUAUUCCUGGUCUUGGUCAUUGUUGCAUCCUUCUUUAUAUUGAAGAACUUCAACCCCACAGUGAACUAUAUUCUGUCCAUAAGUGCUUCAUCCGGUCUCAUCGCCCUCCUGUCCACUGGCUCCAAGUAGACCAUGUCAGCUUCACCCCUGGCUUUGUAUCUAUGGGUGGCCUGUGGUAUAUGGAAAAGUAGCUGGGUGGUUGGGGUGGGAGACACUGAAGAUGUUUUUAUAGUCUGGAGUUUGAGGGUUUGAAAAAUCCAACAAAAUGUAAUUCAAUAUUUGUUUAUUGGCUCUUUUGACAGACUUGAAAUUACAUGAAUUGAAAUUGAAACUUGGAGUACCAGGACAUUUAUUAAAAGGCAAAAUGUGUCUUGCAAUGUGCUGUAAUCACAAAAGGAGAAAAUAACUUGUGUCCUUGAUCUGUCAGAGGUCACAGUAACCUGGACUGAACUGUUAUUAUUUGUUAUAGUAGCAAGAAGUUAAUAGCUGGUUUUGUGCGUUCCAAGCAUAAUAUUACAACUUUUUUGGAACCACAAAUAUCAGAAUGAAUCCUCUCCCCUUUCCCCUGGCUCGGGGGUGGGAUUGGACUGCAUGUUUACAUGUCUCUGAAUUUGUGAUUUGAAAUAACUCAAUUAAAGUUAAAAACAUGGUUUCUCCAAUUUGGGGAAGAGAAGCUUGUGGAAAAGUUCUUUUUUUUUCUAAACGGAGAAAGACAGCCAAGGUAAUAACCUAAAAAUUGUGCCCAGGAAGGAAGAGGGUGGGUGGCGAUUGAAAGAGGGUAUAGGGAGGAUAAAUGGUAAUGGAAAAAAAUAAAAUGAAAUAAAGAAAAAAAUAAAAAUAGUGCCCAGGCACAUGAGAGUUGUUCUGUGGGGUUAAAACACACACUGCUCAGCUUUAUAGCUUUGGUCUUGGGUAGCCAAGGAGAUCAGUUUGACCCUCUCACGUUAGUUUGACUUACUGAGAGAUUAGCAUCAUUGUUUUCUUAGAGUGGGGUCUCUACCACUGGAGGAAUGUUCGGCAAGAGAGAGAACCUCUUUCCUGAAUAUUGUCAUAGAAGACCAAAGUAAUUUUUGUGAUCUUAGCUCCAGAAUUCUAAGAACAUUCCAAAGAAUUAAAGUGAUGUUAGUGCUUGUCAGCAUUUUUCCAUUCAUACGUUCAUAGAUUUGACCCGUUAGUCCACAGGUUUCCAUUGACUGUGAAUAAAAUAAUGGAUCUCUUCAGCCAUUGGGGGUCCAGCUGAGAGCAGUCUCUUGCAUUUUUUAACGAGUGUGUGUGCAGAUAUUAUCAUUUUCUGUGUGUGCCAUGUUUUGAAAAAGUUUGGGAAGUUCUUGAACUUAUUAAAGGUUAUGGAAUCCCAGGUGAUAGUGGUUUCAUAUUCUUACUAGCUUUGACCACAUCAUGUAACAAUACCUCGAAGGAAAUA